AUGGAAGGCCCCGAUAAGGAAUCCAUACAAAAAUACGACUCAAACGAGCACAGGAGUGAGGAUUACGCCUCAGACUCUUCAAAUAGGGGUUGCUCUGCUCAGGAUUCGUAUUAUCAGGAAGAUUCACAAUGCCCGUGCUACAUGUGUAACAGCGGCGCUGUAGAUUCAAAAUCAAGCUACUCAGAUGAUAAUUCAACUAGUAUAGAAUUCGCAAUUCGCUCCUUUUGGAGACUGGCAAAGACACAAAAUGAUAUCGAGUCACCGAUGGAAGGACACUGUAAAGGAUUCCAUUAUAGGUUACUACUCCAUCCAAGAGGAACAACUGGAACAGACAGCGAAUCUAGUCAUUUGUCCGUUUUUGUGGAAGCAGUUGUACAAGAUUGGUAUCCUGAAUACUGGGUCUUUCCAAAUGUUCGCUUUGAACUUACGGUAGUAAAUUUUAAGGAUCCAAAGCAAUCUGUGACAUCUUGGGCCCAUUGGAGUUUUUCUAGUGAUGCUACUUCAAGAGGUUGGCAGAAGAUGAUUUCCCACAGUAGAUUAACAAAAGCUGCUGGGUUCAUGGAUGAAGAUGGAACUGUUUUAGUUAAGGGAAAAGCAGAACCUCCAUAUCCGUUUUUAUGGUCAAAGGCACCUAUAUACCAUCCCUUAAUGAUGUGGGAAUAUAUAUCAGAUCGUGCUCAAAGAGAAAUAUGUUCGGAUGCACAGUCCGAGAAACAUGCAAAAUAUAAAUUGCCAAACUGUAAUAGUUCAAGCUCAAAUACAGCGCCUACUUUAGAAGAGAAUUCCGCACCUUCUAAAAGGACAAACGCUCCACCUUAUCCUCUUACGGAGAAUGAUAUUUGCAAAUGCGGCCAUGGGUCAUGUAAUUCUCCCGGAAGUAAAACGGUUGAUUACAAGACAAUCUUGGACAAAUUGUCACACGAAAGUUGUACUCCUUCCGAUGAUGCAUCAUCACAGGCCAAACAGGGUACCAAAUCUUUGCCGGAAAACAAAUCGAACGCAGUUUCUGAUAAUGCAUUAUUGAGAUUUUUGGACUCUAUAGUUCCAGCUUUACAUCCUACUCUUGAUUCUGAUCUUGUUGCGUUGAUGAUUCAUGUUUUGUAUCAUUUGAGAGAGUUCCGUAGGGCUGUUUUCAUGUGGAACGCACAAGGUGAAUACGAGAAUACCUCCGAUAAUAGCAUUGUUUUGGCUCUUCAAAAGACAUUUGCAUAUAUGCAACUGUAUCCUUUGGCCGUUUCUUGCAGAACCUACAAACUUUCAUCCAUGGGAAAUAGUAACAUACCAAAAUAUUAUGUUUAUGAAUUACUUCCAAAGGUUCCUAGCAACAAGAGACGUUUUUCUUCUGAAGAUAUGUUUGAAAACUUGAACGACACUUCUGUUCAAGAUUCAUCCCUGUAUAAUGGAUAUAGAAAAUCGGUAUAUGAUGAAGCAAGCUAUGAUGCAACUUCACACGAAGACGGAUUAGGUUAUAUGGAUCAACCAGACGAAUCACACCAACCGUCUGGACGCAUUAGCAACGCCAAUCACAAACCAACAACACAGAGGUGUUGUGUUUUUGAUGGUGGUCGAUUUGAAUGGGAAGUACCAUCGUCAGCUUAUCAGCGUAGCACAGAUAAUGACGACAAAGAUAGACUUGUAGAUGGCCCUUCUAGCGCUAAUUUUGUGAACCAAUGCCUUUCUAGCUAUAGGUUAAUCCCAGGAACGCUUAGCCAUAGCAUAGGUGAACGUCAGGAUGUCUUUGGCAAGAUAUUACCUCCACCCCCCAAUUUAAAGCAUAUUUUGAAGGCCAUGCACAUGACAGAUUUACAAGUGUUAGAAGUACAGGACCAGCUGGUGAAUAUACACACGGAGCUGUUUACCAUGCUUUUACGUGAUCUUGCAUCAGCUAAAAAGGUCUUGAAACAAAAGAGACUUCUUUCUGGCUCUGAGGGUGAUAAUCAUGAUAAAAAUAUUCCUUGGUUCUUAAGAGACCAAACUAAUCUUGAAGCCACAUGUAAGUCAUUAUUUUCUGGAAGCAGCGAAAGCGAAGGAUUAUUUCAUAGUGCAAGCGUAAAUGACAUUUCAACGAUUUACAUCCGCUGUAAGCAUUCUCAUUCGUUACAAAAGGCUUUGGAAUCUACCGCAAAGACUAUGGCUAGGUAUCCUGAGGUUCUGUUUUUCUAUCUUUACCCAACAAAGAAUGCUAAAAAGGGAGAAUUGUUCGAUGUGCCUCUGAGAUUGGAUGGUACGAUACUAUGUGAGACCAAUAAUAUGAACCCAUUUUCUGGUUAUCAAUACGACAUUCAAUCCAAUAAUGACAAUGAAGAUCCAACGGCUGCAAAUAGCUCAGAGUAUGCUGUAAAUGCUGAAAAUUUUGAAACGUAUUCAGAUGAAGAGGAAGAUGACGCUCAAGAUGAGGAUGAUGGUGAAGAUAGCUUUGCUGAUUUUACAGCAGAAGGUGCAAAUAGCGAUAAGGAUAGAAUACCCAUAAAAUGGUAUUCUUUAUACGCUCUAAUUAUAAGAGAGGGAGACAUUAGAUCAGAAGCAUCUGGGAAAGGUGGAAGUACAUUUAAUUCUCUAUUGUUAAGACCUGAAGAAGACGGUCCAUGGUAUAGAAUGUGUGAAGGUCGUGUUGAAAAAUUAAAUACAAAAAUGGAGUUUACAGAAUGGAAGUGUCAUCGCGACUUUUUUUGCUCUGCAGCAGUGUAUAUAGCUGAGGAUUACAUUGAUAUGUUACAGGUUGGUGAAGUUAAUUUAUCUGGAAAUUUGAAGACUUGGAACCCAACUCUAUAUUAUGAAACACUGGAAAAACUUGGUAUAACUGAACAGGACAUUUUAAAUCCAUCACCUCAGGAUGCCAGUAGCACAUGUGAUGUGGAAAAAUCUAUGCCUAAGCCUGAAGAUGAAGUGAAUGAGGAACCAGAGUAUGAAACAGAACAAAGGACAUCUGAUGAUCAAAUUACUGAAUAUAUAAAUGUUAGUCACUUUGGUAUUGACAACCUCGUUUACAAGAGAAAAAUAGGCCAAAGGCACCCAAGGCUAUUGUCAUGUUGUGAUGUCCAUGGCUAUACACCUGCAAUAUUGGAUGCAUUGAAUGAAAAGGAGCUACGAAACAAAACAUUUAAAAUGGCAACACAACGUGAAAUUUCCAGACGUAUAAAUCGUUUAGAAACCAUACGCCCAUUUAUCAGUUGGUUAUUCAGCGCUUCCAAAGAAAAUACUGCCUUACUUAAUGGUAUAAUUCCUCCUAUAGACGGAAAAUCACUAGUAAACUUUUUACAAAGAAGAGAGCGUAUUUUUGAGGAAGAGUUUCGCAAUUUAGUUUCGGAAAUAUUUUUUAAGGAGGUUGGAGAACACUUGGCACUAAGCUCUAUUUAUAGGUGGAGCAACAAUUCAUGCUCCUGUGGGUGUAGGUGUAAGACUUGUGGUACAGGAUCUCCUGCGUUAUUGUUGACAGAGAAUGGCAGAUUUCCUGAGGAAGAGCUGAGAACACACCUGUCAGAACCUGCUACCAUUUUAUUUAGGAAUAUUCAAAUACUAAGAUGCCACCUGGAAUAUUUUUGCAAGGAUUGUCGCAAUUUAAAUUUGCAGAUGAAAGAGAACCAAAGAUUAUCUGAACUGCAUGAAUUCAAGGCUACUUCGGAGCGUUCAGCCCUUUUCUUAAUAGAAUGCAUAUGGGAUGCAUGUAUCAGGUAUACACUGGACUGUAGAACUAUACUAUUUUUGAAAGCAGCAUCAGACAACCCACAAAGUUCCAUUACAGACAUUAGUUUAAGCCAGACAUCUUCUCUAAGUCACCUUUCUGGAAUUGGAGCGAAACAAACCGCAUUGCAUCCCCCGUUGGGUCAGUGUCGUGAUUUGUUUGUUUUUGACGGAACGCAGUCAGGCAGUAGCGAUUCAUUAGAGGAAGAACUCACAAACUAUUCAGACACUAAGUACGAUUUAAAUAUAAAUGUGGAGCUGGAAAUAAUGCACUACCUUUCAAACAAAUACAAGUUACCAACGGUUAGUCGUAUGAGAAACUUUUUGCGCAAACACCAUGUUUUGGUAUAUGCUUUUAUCAGACCUCACGAAUUAGCCAGGUGUUAUUUAGAGAAAAAGUAUCUCGGAUGUAACAUAAAGGAUGAAUUGAAGGACGCUGGAUUUGAGAUUACAUGGAACGAGGACGCCUUUGCUCAGCGCGCCACCCUUGAAUCAUUAUCAGAAGAUGAAAAGAUACGGUAUGGAAUAGGGUCUGGUCUGAAUGACCCAUUUAAGACAAUUGGUAAUCAUUUGUGCAAUACAUACGAAGAGUUGAUCACAAAGAUGCUUGUACACAUGCAGGAUGCGGAGAAAAAUGCAUAUUCAAAAACGUUUGAUUAUGUUUAUACUUGCGGGGAUAUUUCAAAAGUUGUCGAAGCUAUACAUAUAGAAUGCGCAAAAACCGUAAAUGUUGAUAGUAAAAGCCUAAAAAUUGAGAAUGACGAAGAAAUUUGUACUUGUGAAUCAUUCUUGACUGAAUGUAGGCUCUCGUCUCAGCAUCACUCCUUCCUUCCAGAAGUUACAUCUUCCAUAGAGCACCUAUCAUGGGAAAUGGCGGACUUGGGAAAUAUUUCAACUGAUACAUCACACGUACAAAAUGAUUAUUCUAGCCUAGUUGAAGAAUUUGCCGAUUUUCAUCUAGGUUCUGGGGACCAAAAGAGAAAGAAAAAACCCAAACUUCGCAAGCAAUCUCUAGAAAAGGGAACCUGUAUAAUACCUCCUUUAGACAUUAAGUUAAGAGAACUAAACAUUAAUCAGGAGGCUGCCUUCUUGGCCUGUCCUAAUGUUUUCAUAGAUGUGGCCACUUUGGUUAAAUAUUCGUCUGCUAACAAAAAGAACAACACAUCUUCCGAUAAGCAAGGCAAAUGGGGAGAUUGUGUUAGCAAUUUUGAUGUAAAUCAGCCAUACGGAUCUGAUGCCAAUGUUACAAUAGGUUACACGUCCCUACUGAAGUUAGAUAAUGCAAACUAUAGGGCUAUUUGUAAGCAGACUAAUUUUAAUGAGAAGAGUGAGUCUGACAUUUCUAAAGUAAAAUAUGCAGUUGAAAUUGGUAUAAUAAUUACACAAGAUCUUUUUGGUUUAGAAGGAUUUGCUUCAGAGGAAAAAUUGAAUCCGAUAAGAAGGUUGAUGGUUUAUAAUGAAUAUAAAGAUGAAGUAACAGGAAAGACAGUACCUAUGCGUGUUGAGCACCUUUACUGGGCUAUGCGCCGUCUAUUUCACCAACAGAUUCCCCAAGAUUUUGAUGGAGCUUUUAUUACUCCUACAAAAACAAAGAAGACAAAAACUACACCAAAGUCCAUUUGUGGAAAUGUUUGCACUUGUGAUGAAAACGAAUGUCAGACAAAUCUAAGGUGGCGUCCAAUGCCUCGUGAUACGUUCAUGCUUUAUGCUCUUUGCCCAGAUCCACACCCUGUUAGAAGAGGAAGGCGAAGGUUUGUUUACAUGCAGCCAGAAUCUGGGCUUGGCAACUACAUUGAUGUUGAUAGAGCUUCAAACAAUUACAAGAAUCCAGAUAUUACCAUUUUGGUUGUUGCCGCUCCAACAUCUUUAUACAAUACCCUAAUGCCAUUUCCCUAUCCUGAAGACUCAGAAUAUCCCUUGUUGCUAUUUAAGUGGAUGUGCUGUGAUACAGUCGACUUGUUUUGUCUUGGAGCAAUAGUGUGUGAUUCUAAGAAACAACUUCAACAAUAUAUUUUUGAAUGGUUACUACCUUUGGUUAGAGAGCUAGGAUAUCUUCCUAAACUCGGUCAAAACGAAAAGGAUGAUAUUGAUCAAUAUCAAGUUUUGGAAGAAUGUAGUAUAAGGACUGUACAAAAUGUUAGAAGAUGGAGUUGUGCCAUUAGGAAAAUAAACAAACGUCCAGGAGACAUUAUAAUCACUCAACUUAAGAGAAACGUGGAUUCCCCCGCAUCAUUGAGAUUUAAAGAAGCUGUCGCAUUUAUGCAUAGUGUACGUGAAUUAUCUGAGUUAGAAGCUCUUGAAUUACUACCUACACAUGAGAAUACUGAUGAAAACUUGGAUAAUUGGAUGAAACAGGAUAACGCUAACGAUGACAAACCCGAUGAACUCGUUCAAAAGUUGGCAAAGAAAAAGAAGAGAAAAUCUACAAAAUCUGCAAUACCAUCAAACAAAAAGAGUACAUUUUCAAAGUCCGUAUAUUCAUCUGUUGAAGAUAAUGCAAAGGAUGAGGUUUCGAAUAUAUAUCAACCUUCAACUGAUGAGGUAAAAACCACCGAAGCAGAGGAUGCUGUUGUGAUAGCAGAGAAAUCUCCAAGUUCUGACAGUGUAAACGUUUAUAAUAUAGUAGAAGAAGCGUUGGAAGGAAUUUUGAAAAGUAACGAUUUUAUAAGUUAUCAAGAUGCUUUGGGUAAUGGUAUAUCUAAUGUAAACUCCGACGACUUUGUUGAGAAACUUUUCUCAGGUGAUCUAUUUGGUGAUGAUGUUAGGAAUUCUGUUUACCUUUACAUACAACAGAUUAUGGUGGACGAAAUGGAAGUUGAGUUUGAAGUGGAUAUGGAACUAACUACUGAAAAUAUUCCAAUUCCUAUAUCUCCCAGACUUAGAGCUUGUGCUGAUAUAAUUAUAAGUUCUUUGAACGAACAAAAAGCUCGUGAUGAUGUUGAGAAUAUUUUGGAUAACCUAUAUGAGCAAAAUUCCUUUAUAGCUUCUUGUAUAUUUUCCUAUGCCCUGUGCUCUAUAGGAAGCAACCGGCUUAUGAACAAACAUCUUGAAGGUUUUUCAAAGGGUGUCAUUGCAAAAUUAGUUGAACACUGUUCUACGCAUUCUCAUAUUAUAUUUAAGGAUGACGAAGAUACUACUACCAAGGAACAGGACAUUCUUUGCUACAUCUUGUCAGUUCUAAACAUUUUUUACGGUGAAAGCCAAGGUGUUGCAAACUUAUUUAACAGGGGCCAACAUGUCGUAUUCAUAAUGAAACUAAUUGCUGAACGAACAAAAUCUCCCCAAAGCUUUCCAACACCCUUGGCCUCCCCAACUGCGCUCAAGCAUGAUGCAUUUGAAAGAUUUAAUUCAAAGUCAAAGGUGGAACCAAAAAAAUCUGAUUAUGUUCUGGAUCUAUUUAAUAAUUCCACCUUGUUUUUGUUUCACGAAGAAUGUCUAGAGCAGUUGGAACGGUUAGUUUUGCAAGAGCUAAAGAUAUGGUGGUAUCAAAGAGAGAUUCUUUUGUCGAAUAUGAAACAUGUUCUUUUGGGUAUAACAAAGGGUGGAAAGAUAACUCUUGUUAGCAAGGACAACGCUUACUAUUUGGAGGGUCACGAGGACCAAGAGUCUUUGGACUUUUCCGAUGUUCACUACCUACAACAGUGUUGCAAACGUUUUCCUGACGAGCUAGGAACUAGCCUUGAUAACGGAAAGAUAUGCAUUUUUGCAAAUUACAUCGGUAGUGAUGUUGAAUCAGAAUCACUGGAUGGUUUGAAGGAUACACUUGAAAAAUGUAAAAGAGGAAAGAAAAAUAUAAAACGCAGUAUCCCGAACCAACCUAUGCGCGCACAUGAGACUAUGCAACCAUUUUCUAGUCUUUAUGAUAUGGAAAGAGCAAGCAACCAAACCUCUUUGAUUGUAAUGUCUAUGAAAUAUUCCAAUUAUCUCAAAAAAAUUGAUUCGCAAACGAUUGGAAGUAUUAUCCAACAUCAUAGCAGAUGUUCUAUACAGAACAUACCCCCUCCCCCGAGCAUAUUCCCACCUCAACCACAUUAUGUUGAUAACUAG